AGCGCGCGGCCGGGGCGGGGAAGAUGGCGUGCUGCGGGAGCUGCGUGUGCUGCCCGUGCUGCUGCAGGGACGGCGAGAGCCGCACGCCGGAGGAGCUGACGAUUCUUGGAGAAACACGUGAACCUGAGGAUGAGAUCCUUCCAAGGAAAGAUUAUGAGAGUUUGGAUUAUGACAGAUGCAUCAAUGAGCCACACAUCGAGGUUCUGGAGGGAAUUGACAAUAAGAAAGCAAAAAAGUAUGAAGCCAUUAAGUGGAUACUGGUGUUCGCCAUCGGGGUUUCGACUGGAAUGGUCGGCCUUUUCGUGGACUUUUUCGUCCGACUCUUCAAUCAGCUGAAGUUUAAUGUGGUUGGAAAAUCGGUGGAGGAGUGCAGUGAGAAGGGAUGCCUCGCUCUGUCCCUGCUGGAGCUGCUGGCCUUCAACAUGACCUUCGUCUUCAUCGCCAGCCUGUUGGUCCUGAUUGAGCCUGUGGCCGGAGGCUCGGGUAUCCCGGAGAUCAAGAGUUACCUGAACGGGGUGAAGAUUCCCGGCAUCGUCCGCCUACGUACCUUUCUCUGCAAAGCCAUCGGGGUUCUGUUCGCUGUGUCUGGAGGUCUCUUUGUGGGGAAGGAGGGACCGAUGAUACACAGCGGCGCCAUUGUGGGAGCGGGUCUCCCUCAGUUUCAGAGCAUCACUUUUCGGAAAAUCCAUUUUAACUUCCCUUAUUUCCGGAGUGACAGGGACAAAAGGGACUUUGUGUCUGCGGGGGCAGCGGCGGGUGUGGCGGCGGCGUUUGGGGCACCCAUCGGCGGGACGCUCUUCAGCCUGGAGGAGGGCUCCUCCUUCUGGAACCAGGCACUCACGUGGAAAGUGCUCUUCUGCUCCAUGUCGGCCACCUUCACCCUGAACUUCUUCCGUUCGGGCAUCAACUUCAACAAGUGGGGGUCCUUCCAGCUGCCGGGGCUGCUCAACUUCGGCGAGUUCAAGUGCUCGAACGGGGACAAGAACUGCCACCUGUGGACAGCAGUGGACCUGGCCUUCUUCGUGGCCAUGGGUUUUGUGGGCGGCCUCCUGGGGGCGCUCUUCAACUGCUUGAACAAGAGGCUGUCCAAGUACCGCAUGAGGAACGUGCACCCCAAGGCCAAGUUCAUGAGGGUGCUGGAAAGCUUGCUGGUUUCCAUGGUGACCACGGUGGUGAUAUUCGUGGCUUCCAUGACGCUGGGGGAGUGCCGCGACCUGUCCUCGCCGACCUCCAACAACACCACGAGCACACAGGUAUCUGGCAAUGAGAUGGUGAACUCCACUAUAAAGCAGUUCUUCUGUCCUAACAAGACCUACAACGACAUGGCGACGCUUUUCUUCAACCCCCAGGAAGUGGCCAUAAACCAGCUCUUCCACCAGGACGGCACCUUCAGCCCGGUGACUCUGACCAUCUUCUUCACGCUCUACUUCCUGCUCGCCUGCUGGACGUACGGGGUGUCUGUGCCCAGCGGCCUCUUCGUACCUUCGCUCCUGUGCGGCGCCGCCUUCGGGCGUCUGGUCGCCAACGUGCUCAAGAUAAACAUCGGGAUGGACAUAUACUCAGGGACGUUUGCUCUAAUUGGAGCCGCCGCCUUCCUCGGGGGUGUGGUCCGCAUGACCAUCAGCCUCACCGUCAUCCUCAUCGAGUCGACCAAUGAAAUCACGUACGGGCUGCCCAUCAUGGUAACACUCAUGGUGGCCAAGUGGACCGGGGACUUCUUCAACAAGGGCAUCUAUGACAUUCACAUCAAGCUGCGAGGCGUGCCCCUGCUUGAGUGGGAGACGGAGGUGGAGAUGGACAAGCUGACGGCCAGCGAUAUCAUGGAGCCCAACUUGACCUACGUGUACCCCCACACCCGCAUCCAGUCGCUGGUGAGCAUCCUGAGGACCACCGUGCACCACGCCUUCCCGGUGGUCACAGAGAACCGCGACAAUGAGAAGGAGUUCAUGAAGGGCAACAUCCUCAUCAGCAACAACAUCCGGUUCAAGAAAAGCAGCGUGUUGACCCGGGCCGGGGAGCAGCGGCGCCGCUGCCAGUCUAUGAAGUCGUAUCCGUCCAGCGAGCUGCGCAACGUCUGUGACGAGCAGUUGGGGGGGCAGCCUGCCGGGGACAACCAGGACAUCCUGGAGCAGAUGCUGGAGAGAAGACACACGCCGUACCCCAGCCUGUACCCAGUGGAGUCACCCAGCGAGGACUGGACGAUGGAGGAGCGCUUCCGACCUCUGACCUUCCACGGCCUGGUCCUGAGGUCACAGUUGGUCACCCUGCUGAUCCGUGGCGUGUGCUAUGCCGAGAACCAGUCGAGUGCAUCUCAGCCGCGGCUGUCGUACGCCGAGAUGACUGAGGACUAUCCCCGCUUUCCGGACAUUCACGACCUGGACCUGACGCUGCUGAGCCCCCGCAUGAUCGUCGACGUGACCCCUUACAUGAACCCGUCUCCCUACACCGUGUCCCCAAAUACACACGUGUCCCAGGUGUUCAACCUGUUUAGGACCAUGGGGCUCAGACACCUCCCGGUGGUCAACGCGGUCGGAGAGAUCGUGGGGAUAAUCACCAGGCACAAUCUGACCCACGAGUUCCUGGUGGCGAAGCUCAGGCAGCACUACAUCACCAUGUAGAGGGGGGCGCCGUCACAUAUGGGAGUGCUCCUCGUCCGGAGCGGGGGGGGGCGCGACCGAGGAGGAGGGGGGGAGUCGGACCUCCUUCUUCUUCCAGAACCUCGGUCAUUCCCACUGCGAGUCCAACCCCCUGACGCUCCAGGACGGUACCGACCACUCGGCGCGUCGUCAUGGCGAUUUCCUCGGCAAGAGAGCCAGACUGAUGUUAUGUGUAACUUUCACUUUUGCUGGUUUUAAACUGUGUCCCAGACUCGGCCCCCCAACUAGGAGCCCUGAAACGCGAGCGGCGUCCCGCCUCGUACCCGUGUCCGCCGUCCAGUCUGCUUCACCAUCACCGUGCUUCCAUCGGGCGCUUUUACCGCGCGCUUCCGUUUCUUUCUCUAUUCCUCUUAUUGAUGUUUGCACUCAAGCUAUUUUAACAAGCAACUUGUCUCACCACGGUUUAUUAAUGACCUUUUUUUUCCUGCAAAUAUUACUAGACACUUUUUAGGACCACAGAGAGAGCAGUCAGAAGCAACAAAGACAUGGGCAUUACGCUUAGUGAUGGCCAGCGUGUUUUUUCAUUUACAGGGAAUUAUAGCCCUCAUUAUUAUUGUCAUUUAUUAUUAUUAUUAUUAUUAUUUAUAAUAAUUUAGCUGUUUGACUAACUCCUUUGUGCAGCGCAACAUACAGGGAUAGAUAGACCCAGAUACCCCUUAGAAGAUGUAGAAUAUUGGUCAUAUUUAAUUUUUAACAUAUUAGCGUUUAAUUAAUGUUCAGGGAAGAGAUGCGCAGACGCAGCUGUCAAUGUUCCGCUGCUUUUCCGCCGAAAUAAUUCUGCUUUCUCUGCGCGUCAUGAGUUUUCUGAUCAGCGCCGCUGGCGAUGUCGCUCACUUGACACCCCCCUCCGCGAGGUGGACGGGCGACGCGUGCGGUAAUGCAGGAGGAGAGAUUAUUCUAGAUCAUUCUAACCAAUUGCACUGUACAGACGGCACAUGUUUAAAGAUCAAACAUUCCUCUUCAUGUAGUUGUGGUGUUUUAACAUAUACAUAUUAUUUAAUGUAAUUGUAUUUGUAAUUUUACUUUUAUUUUAUUCUUUCACUUUGUGUUAUUAUAUACUGUGAAGUGCUUUAAAUUAACCUUUGUAAGAAUAGUCGUUGAAGUUAAAACGGUGGGUGAGUGAAGGAGCUGGAGCCAAAUUACAAAUUCCAUUUUUUAUUUUUUUAUUUUUAGGAGAGAGGUGCUGAUUAGGUCAAUGAUGGUCAGAAUUCCUUUUUUACAGAUUUAUAUAAAAUCUGUGUUUAAAGAAGAGAAGUGAGCAUUUUGCCAAACAAUAUUGCGAAACACAAGUUGUUGUUCAUUCUUCCAUCCAUUCACCCUUGAUAACCUAUAGGUCGGAGCAGGGACCUGGUGGUCAGGAGCCUAUCCCGGAAGCACAGGGCGUGAUGCAGGGUACACCCUGGACGAGACACCAGUCCGUAACACGCGGUCGCUGAAACACGCAGCGUAUUGUGCCUUUAUUGCAGUACCGUAGUACAGCCCAUGUACAUGAGCCCGAAUGGCAUCCAGACUCUGAAUUGUAUGAACUGGUCUGCGUUUUGGAACUGGUGUAGCUCCGCCCCUCUGUUUGCCUCUUUCAUUCGCUGACGAUGUGUGUGAUGUACUGCUGUACCGGUCUGCUAAAAACAUGGUACCUGUUCCACAGCGGCCCUGUGAGGGUUACAGAGCACAUUUAAUGCCAUGGACCCCCCCACCCCCCUCAGAGGAAGCCAGGCCCUGAGCCCAUUUACUCCAUUUGAUAACGGUAUCUUUGCCAAUGAUUGUAGGAAAGGCCAAGUUAACGCGGUGUCCAAUUUUUAUUAAAGAGUAAUUUAUCAUGCUCUGCGAUAGUCCUGGGGAUACUGCGGUCAGCAGCCUUUGGGUCUCUCCUUAUCCAGUUCCUUAACCGUUUUACUGUCCGCUGCCGCUCCUUUUUUGUGCUAAUCUCAACGGCCUUGUCCUCCCAAGUCACCAGUGUCCCAUCCCCAGGUCCCUAAUGAACGGCGCCAUCCACCCCCACCCUGGUGGACCAUGCCGCUGUGCCUCAGUUCUCCUGCGGUCCAACUUAACCGACCAAACCCAGACAAACUCCACUCUGUAUGAGGUUGAUUGCAGUUUGCAUCGUUACAUCAAUACCGUUCUUAAGUGGCGCGAUACGCUGAACCUCACAGACACAGCGGUCCUUGACGACCAGGGUUCAUAACCGCCGUCAGACCGGAAUCACGCUUUGCUGAGUCAUACGGACCGUCUCGAGAUCUGCCAUACAGAUGACUGACACAUAGUUAAUUUUUUUUUUUUUGUUCUGUUUAUUCAUCCUCUGACCGGAGGAGAAUGGGGUUUGCGCUGAGGUUUUUGAACAUGGUCCUGGAAGCCCUUUUGUACACUGCUUUUUACUCCGCACGAGCUCUUCGUGAGGCCCCAGUCGGGUGUCGACAGGGUUCGAAGCACACCGUGCCGUUUCUCCGUGAUUCAUGAGAAGAGCUCCUACGGAGUGGGCUGUUUGUACUGAGGAUAAAAGAUGAACGUGACCACUUUGUUUACCUGUCCCCUUUUCAAAGAGUAAAACCCAGUUAAACAUUUACACACGAUUAACGACGUCAGUAAUAACAAAGUGUUUCUGGCUUCGGUAAAAUCUUCAUCUAAAAUGAUCGUAGAGCCUGGAAUUGAACACCUAUUAUUAAGCGUUAUUUAAUAAUUUAAAAUGGACCGAAUAAACCUAAGGGAACAUAUUUUACUUUAUUUGCUGCUGAGAUGAAUUUUCCACAUCUUUCUAAAAGAGUAAAUCCCAGCUAAACAGUUAUACACGAUUGACGUUAUUAAUGAAGUUUUUCCGGUUUUGGAAAAAUCUUGAUCUGAAGCGAUUGUUGAAGCUUAAGUUGAACACUAAUCAUUAACUAUUAUUUAACAAUUUAAAAUGGACCGAAUAAACCUAAGGGAACAUAUAUGUUAUUUGACGCUGAGAUGAAUUUUCUGCAUCUUUCUGAAAGUAUAAAUUCCGGUUAACUAUUUACACAUAUAAUGAUGUCAUUAAUAAGUGUUUUUAGCUUUGGAAAAAUCUCGAUUUAAAGGGAUCGUUGAACCUUAAAUUGAAUUUUAAUUAUUAAUUAUCAUUUAAGGACUUGAAAUGAACCAACUCGGCCUAAGGGAACAUAUUUUACUUUCCGAGAUGAAGUGUGUUUUUUCAUCCUUGUUGUGAAACAGGCCAGUCGAGGCAGAUUAAUUUGAGCUUCCUGGGUGUGAAAAAUGACGUUGAGAGGCGGCGAUGUCAGCGAUGGCGGUGAAACCUACGUUGACAACUGUGUGACAGAUGAGUGACAGGGCGCCACCUGGACGUGGCAUGUAAUUAAUCCUGUCUGUCGGAUGGCAUCAGCGCCAAGUGCAGGUAGUGUGGUACAGCAGGGCGGCCUUUUACACGCCUUUUAUUUUAGGACUUUAAUUAUCGUUAAUAAUAUAUGGCACGUGACGUUACGCUGUCCCGCUUGGGUCCGUUCGCAGGUUGACGACAACACGCCAAAAAGUUCCAGUUCCAGGAAUCCCGGGAUUUUUAGAUCAUACAAAUAAUUUAUUCAGGAUCAGAAAUAAUAAGAAAAAAACGGAAGUGUCGAUGUAUGUCGAAAAAUUGUUGCUAGGUAACCAUAGUGUCAGGGAGGUGUGUGGCAGGUCUACAAAAGGAGAUGAUUUGCGUGAAUGAGUGUGUGUCCCUGUCGCGGGAUUCCAGACAAGCAGUGAUCGACGACACGGGAGCUCAUAUGGAAAAUUUGCUUUUCGCUGUUUUAUUACUAAGUGAUCAGUAACACGGUGUUUUUUUUUUGGGAUUGCACUUUCGGUUCUCCUUCGUCCUCCUUCGUUUUCCUUCAGCUCACAAUAAAUUUAGCUGCGUUUUACAGAAUUGGGAGAAACUAGCAGUCAGUCAGUUGAUUUAAAAUUGACAUACAGUCAAUCAGUUUCUACUGAAUUUCAGUGAAAUUCCUCCCUUAUUAUUAGAAAAAUAUGUUUUCUAAGGUAGCACACAUUUAUGCUGAUAAAUUAAUUUUUUGUUUUAUUUUUAUUUUAAAUGUGUUUUUUUUUUUUAUGUCACCGUCUAUUGGAGUACUUGCCUCUCUUAUGAUUACGAAUGAUCCCCACGUGUAGUUGGAUUUUACAUGUCAGGUGUGGACCUUUCCAUUCCAUAAAGUUGAUGUGUUGUUGAUGAAAUAUUGCCAACAUUUAUGUAUUUCUUAUUUUUAAGACUUCAAAAAAUGUCCCAAAGUGGGACACCAGUGUUUUACUUCCUUUGAUCGACAGUUUUUUUUUGUUUAAGUUUAAAUACUUUGCUUUAUGUAGCUAUGCUCACUUAGGCUUCACAAGAAAACUGCUGAAAUAAUGAAUAGUAGGUAAAUUUAUCUGACCUUGAUCUCGAUUAGAAACCCAUAGAUCGUAUUUAUCUACUCUGUCUUCACCACUGUGCUCGCAGUAUUGGGGUAGAAACAUGAUACAGGGUGGAAUCUCUGUAUUAAGGACUUCAAACAGGUCAAAAUAACAAAGUUGUACUUUAAUGUGAAUAUUGGAGAAAAUUAACUGGAAAAAAGUCCUAAAAUGAGGUGGUUAUUAAAAUGCUCUGUAGUUUUCCACAACCAAUGUCUUCAAGUCACUUGACAAUAAUUUGAAAGGCAAAAUUACACUUUGUUCUGUAACUUGAUACCAGGAUUAUCAGUGUAAACCCCCCCCCCCCCC